UACUGCCUGAAAAUGGUGAUAUUCGGUAAUGCUGCUGGCUCUGCAAACCGGGUGCUCCGGAGGGGGCUGUGGGGACUGAUGCUGGUCUUGUCUGUAGCCAUAUACGGCUCUCAUGCUCCCCUCCUGACCUUGUGCAAGGUGGACGGGAUGAUCCCCUUCAGCUCCACGUCCGUCGUGGUUCUUGUUGAGCUGACAAAACUGAUGUUCUCCCUCCUGUUCCUGCUGACCUGGAACCGGGAGCUGCUGGGAGUCGCCGUGUCGUGGCGCCAUGUUGCCCCCUUCGCCCUCUCUGCCCUGCUCUAUGCUGCCAACAACAACCUGGUGGUUCACAUGCAGCUCUUCAUGGAUCCCAGCACCUACCAGGUCUUGAGUAACUUAAAGAUCGUCAGCACUGCGCUCCUCUACAGCCUCUUCCUGCGCCAAAGACUCAGCAAGCGCAAAUGGGUGGCUCUCUUCCUGCUGGUGGCUGCUGGGGUGAGCUACAGCUGUGGCGGCCUGCAGGACCCUGGCAGCCCCUCCAAGAUGCAGCUGCACGUCACGCUGGUGGGCUUGUUGCUGAUCUCGGUGUACUGCCUGAUAUCGGGCUUGUCUGCUGUCUACACAGAAGCCAUCCUGAAAACCCAGGCGCUGCCUCUCAGCCUUCAGAACCUCUUCCUUUACUUCUUUGGGGUCCUGCUCAACUUGAUCGGCUACUUCUGGAGCAGCGCAGAGGGCAGUUUCUUGGAGGGCUUUUCCUCCUGGGUGCUGGUGAUUGUGGUCAGCCAGGCCUUGAACGGCUUGAUCAUGUCCGUGGUUAUGAAGCACAGCAGUAACAUCACCAGGCUGUUCGUGAUCUCCUGCUCUAUCCUGGUCAACGCCCUCCUGUCCGUCACCCUCUUCAACCUGCAGUUCACCCUCCUCUUCUUUGUUGCCGUCUCAUGCAUCGGCCUUGCUGUUCACUUGUACUAUGGGGUCACGUAGCCGCUGCCUUCCUGCCCUGCGUGUGCCAGGGCAGUCUUUAGUCAUUCCUCAGGGGUGUUUAGUGCUUGUGCUGGGGCUGGUGUUAGAAGCACAGCUGUGCUCUGGCCGUCGGCCUCCCUGCCCUGCAGGGUGUCGGUACUGUGGGCGCAUGCAAGAUUAGUAAGGGGCCCCCAGAGGAGGAAUGCUGAGGGGGAGAGUGCCCUGUCCCUGUUUCCAGGGCGGAAGCUGGGCCCUGCUCCAGCCCGGCCGGGCUCCGUGCCACAGGGUUCCUGCGUGAUCAGGUGAGCCCAGCCUCGAGGGUGGCUCCUGAGCGCCUCGUUCAUGUGGCGUAUCGCAUUCUCAAGCUGCUUCCCCCAUCUUCCCCACACCAAAGAGCACACCUGUUUCUUGUGCCUGUAAAUCCUCCUGCAGUGGUUAGCUCUGCUGUGCUGCGGGCUCUGCACACAGGCAGCCCUGCUGCACGAUCGCUGCCAGGCCAGCAUCGGUCUGAUGCUGUUCCAACUCUGGAUGGUGCUUCCCCGUGGCAGGGGGGCCACGUCCAUCCGACAUGCCCAGCCGAUCCCCAGCCCUUGGCUUCAGGGGAGCCUCAGCACUGUGGGAGGUGACCCCCGCUGGCCUGUGACCCCUCUGAGCCCCUAGUGAGGUGGGGAAGAGGGUUUCUCCCUCCGGGUCUGUCGAGUUACCAGCCAUCUGCACGGGGCUGGGUGCUGCUGCCUGGAGAGCCUCGUGCCAUGGCCAGCGGCGUUUCUCCCACCUCUGUGGUUUUUCAGCCCACCCCUUGCCCUAGCCCCUGGCUGAAGGGCUGCUGUCCUUGGGCCCCAUUUCCCCUUCUCAGGCAUGGUGUCGCUGCUCCGUGCGGAGCAGAUGGGGAGUAGGGGGAUGUGGGAAUUGUUUCACCUGCUCCCCAAAAGGGAGACAGCACCCGAAUUUGUACCAAUGCUGUGGCUAGUGAGUUCCUGGCAGGCAGAAGUCACCGCUGGUUCUGGCUGGGGUUAUUAAAGUUGCGG